AGAAACACCGACGUACAAAGCAGACCUACAAUAGUGCAUGAUCUCUCUCGCGUUAUGGCAGGUGGUUGUCGCCUGCCCGCUGUUUCUGACGCUAAAGCUUUGGGAUCGUUGCCCUUCGUGUAGGCGUGGAGGUGCAGGGGGGUAUUGUGCUGUUUGAUCGCCCCCUGCUAUCCCAGGGACAGGGAGACACAGCGGCUUUUGAGACUGGUGGGCAAUCACUUCCAAAGUGUCUGCCCACACAGUCAGUACACCUCUCCUACACUUGUCUCCCGCAUAUAGGCUAAACGCAGGCAGGUGCGACUAGUGUAGAUGGGGCAUCUCAUAGGCCGAUGGGCCUGUUUCCGUGCUCUAUGACUCCAUCUACGAUUUCUUGUGUCUCUGUUUGACUUGCCCGAAUUACCUUAAAUAGGGGUCCCGACCCGAAACGUCACCCACCCUUUUUCUCGCCUAAUCUGCUGAGUUACUCCAGUACUUUCUAUAUAUCAUACUCCAGCAUCCGCAGUUCCUUUCUACACACCCAUUGCAUUGUAGUCAGCUACUAGUAAAUAUUUGCACCUAAUUACGAUUUAAUCAGAACGCGUUCUGAAGAAAUACCGGUAGAAUAAAACGGGGAGCGAGUAUAAAGUCGGGAAGACGGGUUGCUUCUGGGGAAAGUGUCAUUGGGGAAAAACGCUACUUUGUGUUCCUUGGCAACAGUUGUGAGGCAACUCUAACAAAAGCAGGAGUGAAAUCCCAGCCGUGUUUCCGUUCUUUUGUAUCACCAAACACCCCUUCGCGUUUUAACAAAAAAUACGGCGCGUAACAUUGACAUUUUCCUGGGAUUGUUAACUUUGCAAUAUUUGUUGGAGCGGGUGCGGUAUCCGGAGCAUACGCGAGUAAGUAAUGGAGAAAGCACAGUCCACAGCAGGGGUGUAUGUGGAGAGGACGCUGGCUCUCAUCAAACCCGACGGCAUCGACAAGGCGGGUGAAAUUGAAGAGAUCAUUCUCCGCUCUGGCUUCACCAUUAUCCAGAAAAGGAAAGUCUGUUUAAGCCCGGAGGUGUGCAGUGAUAUUUAUGCAGCACAUUAUGGAAAAAUGUUCUUUCCCAGUUUAACAGCGUUCAUGAGUUCUGGGGCAAGUGUUGCCAUGGUUAUUGCCAGAGAUCAAGCUAUUGCAUAUUGGAAUGGGUUGAUUGGACCUGCAAAUAGUGUAAAGGCUAGAGAAACUCACCCUGUUAGUUUAAGAGCAUUAUAUGGGACGGAUGAUCUUAGGAACGCCGUACAUGGCAGUGGGACUUUUUCUGCAGCAGAGAGGGAAAUUCGGAUAAUCUUUCCUGAUGCUUCUAUUGAUCCAAUUCCCAACAGUCAAUCUGCAAUAAGUUACCUGAACAAACAUGUAAUUCCUACUUUGUUGGCUGGCCUAAGUGAACUCUGCAAGAAGAAACCCACUAGUCCAAUUACCUGGCUUGCAGACUGGCUAAUUGCAAACAAUCUCAACAAGCCAAACAUUUGUGAGGAUUUUUUGGAUGAGCCCUAAAAUGGCUAUUCUGACAGUUUGGGCGAACAACAACUUCACUUCGAGCAAAUAUUAACUGCAGGAGGAAUUUUACCAUCACAGGCGGAUGGCUUUGUGUUUUAAUACAUUCAACACAAUUUAUGCUGUUAACAUUUUAAUAUCAACUUUUGAUGUUGGCAACGAAUGGCAAAUGCAGAAAAAUAAUGAAGCAUUAAUGUCCCUCACUUGAUGACCCCCAAAGAAACCUGCUGAUAUUUAAUAAUAAUUUAUUUGUAUUAGAAUGUUUUACUCAAAAUCCAUUCAUUAGCAAGGUUAGAGAUUGCCAAGCUGAUCACUGUUGUGUUGGACUCGCCUAAUUGAUGGGGCAAGCUUGAUAUUCCUGUGAAGCUUUGCAAGCUGUAGCAUCUUUUGAAGUAUAUUGAUUUGGUUUCUCCAUUUUCCUCAGAUGUUUUCUUCACUAUUUGUUAAAUGUUUACCUAAAUUAUGCUUGACAUAUAGAAACAAGGAACUGCAAACGCUGGUUUACACAAAAGGACACAAGAUGAUGGAGUGACUCAGUGGGUCAAGUAGCAACUCUGGAGAACAUGGAUGAAUGACAUUUCAGGUCACCUAUCAAUGUUCUCCAGAGAUGCCGCUGAGUUACUCCAGCACUUUGUGUCCUUUUGUGAUUAACAUACCAUGUCUAUCAACUUGUAAUAAUUCACUCCACACUCGUGAAUUAAAAUAAUUCUUCCUAGUAUCUUUAUGCAUCUAGUUUCAGUCCAAGAUACAAAUGUGGUUAGUGUGUGUGAUCAAUAAACAAUGGAAAUAUUUCCUAAAUUCACUCUUUCAGAAUUUUGAACAUUUUUGUAAUUUUUCACCAUCAUAGUCAUAUAAUCAUUUUAUUUCAAACCUAUUUCUGAUCAGUU